AUGUCAAAAUUAACAAAAAAUCUAAAUAAACCAUGUAAAAGAAAUGAUUACUUUAAAACAAUUUCAUUAGGACACUCAAAAGAUAUAUUUAUGAUAGAUAGUAUUAAUGAUAAUGCCAAUAAACGUGGUAAAGUAAAUGACAAUCAAUUUUCAACAUUAUCCUCUCAAUCAAACUGUGUAAAAUUUUCACCUUAUGAAGAAUCAGAUUAUAUUACAAUGUCAACAGAUUUUGUUUUACCAAAACUUUUGAAAAAAAAAAGUGAUAUUUCUGAGAAGAAAGAUUCAGUACAAUUUACAGUUUAUACAGUAUAA